GAUCUGGGAAUCGGGAGCUGGUCGAUCGAGGUUAGACAUCAGCAAGAUCCGGCUUGACUAGCAGUAGUUUUUUCUCUGGAGCACGUCUCAUCACCCCCGAGUGAUCAAAACACAUCAUGUCGGUCGUCCCUUCUCCAUCAACCGCGUCCACUUCCGCCGCACCUCAAUCUCAACCCCAACCUCAACUCACGUCAGGUCUGGACCCAGCCUUGAACCAGUCAUCUUCCACAUCAGCGACAAACACCCCUCUCGAGCUUCAACCACAAUCCAAUGCACCUCCCGGUUCCACACCUGUACCUUCAAAGCCACCUUCAGAUGUCAUCCUCGACCUCGACCCUCACCCUCAACCAUCUCUAUCAUCCAAUAAUGACCCCAACCUCGGACUGGGAAACGGAGUCGGGAUGGGGCUGAAUACGGCCGAGAUCGACGCCCUGGUCGGUGACUUUAGGGAGGCAGGGGGAAAGACCCCUUUUACGAGCAAUACUGCCAAUAUGGGAGGACUCACUCCGGGUGUCUGGUCGGAUGGGAAAGAAUUGGAUGGGUUGACGAACCGGCCACCCGGGUCUGGGCCUGGGCCUGGGUCUGGGUCUGCGGGGUUUGGGGAUCCUACUUCUGGUGCUCGGAGCACAGGCACCGAGACGGGGAUGGGGAACUCGAACUCGCCUGCGCCCAAUCCCGGUCCUCGGUCGACUUCCCACCCAACGUCAGCAGGUGUAGGUGUGAAGAUCCCUAGCCUCAACCUCCCACCCAAUUCGUCUGCCGGCCAACAACAAUACCCAGCCCCGAUGUCUACAGGCGGUUCGUCCAACGGCACGGGGACGACCUCGAUUCGUCCUUUGAACAGUACCAUCAACCCCCUGAACCCGGCUACGGUGUAUUCCAGCAACUCGAGUACCAACGCCAACACCGGGGUCGUCAUCCCGCCUUCCAGCCUCCCACCUCCCCCAGCCCACGGACUACCCAUCGGACAUCCUUUACAUCCGAACAACUUUCCUGGAUCUCAAUUCGGCAGCCCGAGUCUUUAUCCCCCUUCGUCAGGACCUAGCGGGUCCGGCUCCGGGUCGCUCCAAGGUCAAGGUCAGGGUCAAGGUCAAGGUCAACCGAUCGGACCGGGGAACAGGUUGUUACCCAACCCGAACCCUAACGGCAAUAUGAACCUGAACGUCAAUCCUAAUCAGCUGAUGGGACCCGGUAUGGGUAUGGGUAUGGGAGGUGCUCCGGGGGCUAUGGUCAGCGCUGGAGGCAGUGUGGAGGGUGAAGGGGGGAUGACGACGGGUACGAGCGGGUGGUCAGGUCGAGCUAGCGGCUGGACGACCCCGAACACCCCCUUGCCUAAUCCACCGGACUUGUUACCUAGGCAGUUGACAACGAGGGAAGCUCAGCUGGUAGAUCAUCUCGUCAGGUUACAGCUGUUUUUGGCGACGGCUCCGUCGGCUUGGCAACAGCACGGGACUGUCCCGACCGGUAGCGACCCGUACACGCAACAAAACCCUUGGUACAACUUUCACAACAGCCCGAAUAGCGAACCCGUCUCGUUCGUCUCGUGCCCUCAUCCGGCUCUCAACCGGUUCUUGCUCCCCAACGGAGAGCACGUCAGUUGCGCAUACUGGAACGGUCUGUACAUGAUCACGGGGACGGAUAUCGUCCGAGCACUGGCCUUCCGUUUCGAGGCGUUUGGGAGACCGGUCAAGACGGCCCUGGUAAAGAAGUUCGAGGAGGGCAUCUUUUCCGACUUGCGAAACUUGAAGCCGGGCGAGGAUUCGAGCUUGGAGAAACCCAAGAGCGAGUUCCUAGACUUGCUCUUCAAGUACGGGUGUAUUAGGACGCAAAAGAAGCAAAAGGUCUUCUACUGGUUCUCAGUUCCUCACGAUCGGCUUUUCUUGGAUGCACUGGAACGUGAUCUGAAGCGGGAAAAGGAGGGCAUGGCUACGACGACCGAAAUUAUCGGCGAGCCCGCCCGGAGUUUCAGGUGGGAUCCCACGAAGACUCUCUUUGAGCAGUUUGCUGCGUCCGACUUGUCGGCCAUCAAUGCUACCACCGAGCCCCUCGAACCCGCUCAACCCGGUGAUGCCAUUCCACCGCCCGAGUUCCCUGGCCAAGAAGAGGUGGACCGGGACCCGCUUCCUCAACUACCCCUGCCAACCGGUGUCGACCAGCGCAACCGACCGUUCUCGGUAACCCUGUUUGAAGGAAGCCCGCAGUACAAGCAGCGCAAGAAGAAGGACGCCAAGGCCAGAGCGCAAAAGAGGUCGGCUCUUGGCCAGGCCUUGUCCGACCUCGAAGACGAGGACGAAGGUCCCGAUCGACUCGGCUCCGAGUACUCGGACGUCAAGCCCAUCAUCCCGAGAGAGACGCCAGACAUCGUCGAGGGCGAUUCUCGAGCGCCUUCUUCGUCCAUGCCACCUCCACCCCCACCGGCACACAACGGACCUACGUGGAAGACCGUUCAGGACGAAACAGCACCUCGUGUGCAAGAGUCCAACGUCCGCCAAAGCUCUUUCGCUAGCGUCGAAUCAGAGGGGGCUCGAGGUCAGAGCGCGGCUCCUACGGCUCCUGGUGUCAAGAUGUUCCGGUGCCCACUGGACACGUGCGGGCGGUAUUUCAAACGUCUCGAGCAUCUGAAGCGACACGUCCGAACGCACACCCAGGAGAGACCCUACGUCUGUCAACGAUGCGGGAAACGGUUCAGCAGGAGCGACAACCUGACCCAGCACAUGAAGACCCACGAACGACAGGAUCGGGGCGAUCGAGCGAGCACGCAGAUGACCGAGGACGACGAGUUUGCUCGCAUGCUCGAAGCCCAGGUCGAUCAGAUGGCCGCCGAGAUGGGUUAUGAAGGUUCGAUGUAUGGAGGAGACUCUGGUGCAUCGUCCUACUACGGAAGCCCUGCCAUGCAGCCGAUGGGGAGGAUGGGCAGCGUGCCAAACUUGGGCAUGCCGGCAGGGUAUAUGGCACCACCUCCGCCUCCUCUCGGUCGACACCAGUCUGUCGGGCUCGGCAACGGUGGAACCAGCUACGCCAGGGUGUCUUCGAACGGAGGUCCGGAUAGGAACACCUUUAUGUACCGACGUCAAGCUUCGAUCCCGGCUUACCCGAGCAAUCGGAUGCGGUACAUGUCACCCAAUCCCGGUACCGACCCGCGAGCUCGUUUAGGAUCGCCCGGGAUGCGAAACUUCACCCCGGUACCCCAGCGAGCCGUCUCGGUCAGCGUGAUCCCCCAGCAGACGUACAUGGCGGCGAGUCCGUUCCAGGGUACCAACACCUUGCCGCCCAUGAACAACGGGUACAUGGCACCUAGCCCGGCUUCGGGAUACAACGGCCAGAUGCCUUUCGGUCAGCAACAGGACCCGUACAACGGCAUGCCACCGCCUUCCGCCUUGAACGGUCAGACGUACGCUAUCGGACCCGACGUCAUGGUCGGUGGCAUCAACCCGCAAAAGGUCCAGCAGCAGCAACAACAACAACAGCAAUUGGAUAUGACCAUGACGGGCAUGUUACCGAGCGCGACCAGCAGCGGUGGAGGCAGCAUCCAUAACCCCUCCAUGUACUCGCAACACUCUCAACAGUCCUACGUCGGAGGCGGCGACAUGAACUCGAUACCGCCCCAGUCGUCCUUGUCAAACGAGGGGAUCCCCAUGCAAUCACCAGCGUCGAUGGCGUUCGGGGGGAUGCUCAACUCGGCAAGCUUUGCACCCAACUCGGCCGUCGAAUGGCCUACUACGACGUCGGCCAACAGGUUCCCUGAUCCCGGUCAGGAAGGACGAUAGGUCUCGCCGUCCCUCCCCUCGCUUCUUGGCUUUGGAAGGCGCUGGUUCGCCGGAAACGAUCAGAGCCCUACCCAGCUCGUCAGGAUAUC